AUGGCUGGAACCAACACUGAAGAGGGAUCAGCGAGCUUUCGGGGUUUUGUUCCGGAAGUCUCCCCAACCCGAGGAGCUGGCUCUUUGCCCCAUUUUGCCCUAAGAGAUGAGUCUGGCUCUGACGCCUCAUACCGGGGCUCAGAUAUUCCUCUUGAGGAAACCAACGCCGGUGCCUCCACAACAACAAGUCCGGUGCCAGAGAGAUCAGAAGGGGAGGGUGAACCGAUACUUGAGGCCUGUACCGUGCAAGCCAUGCGUCGGGUGAAGAACCCGGCGAGGAAAAAGAAAUUCGGUGCCCGAGAUCACCUGGCCGAAAUAAUUUCGGAGGCUGAAUGUAUGUGGGGUAGGCCAGUCAUAAGGCCUUCUGAUGCCGAGGAGGUCCGACAAGAGUCUGCCUCUUCAGGUGAAGAGUCUGCUGAAGAGAGGGAUGAGGAUGUUAGCACCCCCCCAAGACGAAGCUUUUGCCGAAGACAUGACCGAAGUUCAAAUGGGAACACCCGGGGGGUAAGUACUAAAGUGCCAGGAAGUUCUCAGCAAGCGGGGGUUCAGAAUACGCCGGGUGCUGACCUUGAAGUAGGGGGCGCGGAUCAGUCCGAAGCGAGCCAACAUCUCGGAGUGCCUGAGGGAUCUAGAGUCAAUACUGAGGCCACUACUCCCGAGGCAGAUCUGCAUCCUGAAGCUUCUGAUAGAAAUAGAUCCCAUACCGAGGCUAGCACUUCUGAAUUAAGGCCUAAUGAGUCUGAGGCAGCCCCGAAUACAAAAGCUGCUCCUUCUGCGGGCCCUAGCUCUUCUUCUAGACUUACAGCAGCCUUUGAAGUCUUGGGCAGAGGCCUUCUUAGUCAUCCGAUGGAGGCCAUAAAAAACCUAAUCCCCGAAGGGUUCCUGGGAAAUGCAGGGGCUUCCUCCCCAGAGAAAAUUGCCCAAGGCAUUCUUAUCUCCCAUUACCAGAAGGAAGUAGCAACUUUGAAAGCUCUCCUUCAAUCCAGGGACAAAGAGCUUGCUUCUCGGGACUUGAUUAUAUCCGAGGAGCGCUCCGCUAAAGCUCGUUUACAAAAGGAAGUGUUUAAGGCAAAUGAGCGGUAUACUCGCUCUGUUGCUAGUCUUUUUGCUGAACUUGACCGUGCAGAUCAACUGGCUUCUCACCUGCGGGCCGUGCAAAACGAAUGCUCCGAAGCGUGCAAGAAUGCUGAAAAUGCUGAAGCCAAAAAGGAGAAGCUGAAGGCCGAGGUUGAAAGGCUUGAGGCCGAAAGAGACAAAGUUGUCAAGGCACAGAACCGUUUGGAGAGUCUUUUGAUCAAACUUAGAGCCAGAUAUGACGCGGGCCAAGUGAAACUGAAGCGCUAUCUGAAGCAGCUAAGCUAUGUGCCAUUUCUUCAAGACCAGAGCUAG